AUGGCUGACGAAGUUUACGACGGUGCCGUUGGUAUCGAUCUGGGUACCACCUACUCCUGCGUUGCCAUCUACGAGGGCAGCAAUGUCGAAAUCAUUGCCAACGAGCAGGGUUCCUUCACCACCCCUUCCUUCGUCUCCUUCACCGAGAAGGAGCGUCUGAUCGGUGAGGCUGCUAAGAACAAUGCUGCCAUGAACCCCCGCAACACCGUCUUCGAUGCCAAGCGUCUCAUUGGUCGCCGCUUCGAUGACCCUACCGUCAAGAAGGACAUUGAGUCUUGGCCCUUCAAGGUCCUUGACGACGACGGUACCCCCAAGAUUGAGGUCGACUACCUCGGCGAGAAGAAGUCCUUCUCCGCCCAGGAGAUUUCUGCCAUGGUUCUCCUUAAGAUGAAGGAGAUUGCCGAGACCAAGCUUGGCAAGAAGGUUGAGAAGGCCGUCAUCACUGUCCCCGCCUACUUCAACGACAACCAGCGUCAGGCUACCAAGGAUGCUGGUGCCAUUGCUGGCCUCAACGUCCUCCGUAUCAUCAACGAGCCUACCGCCGCCGCCAUUGCUUAUGGUCUCGGUGCUGGCAAGUCUGAGAAGGAGCGCAACGUUCUCAUCUACGAUCUCGGUGGUGGUACUUUCGAUGUCUCUCUCCUGAACAUCCAGGGCGGUGUCUUCACCGUCAAGGCCACCGCUGGUGACACCCAUCUUGGUGGUCAGGACUUCGACACCAACCUCCUUGAGCACUGCAAGAAGGACUUUCUCCGCAAGGCCAAGAAAGACCUGAGCAACGACCCCCGUGCUCUCCGUCGUCUCCGCACUGCUUGCGAGCGCGCCAAGCGUACCCUCUCCUCCGGCGCUCAGGCCACCAUUGAGAUUGACUCUCUCUUCGACGGCGCCGACUUCACCACCACCAUCACCCGUGCCCGUUUCGAGGAGCUCAACGCCAAGGCUUUUGCCGGCACCAUUGAGCCUGUCGCUCAGGUCAUCAAGGACUCUGGCCUCGACAAGGCCAAGGUUGACGAGAUUGUCCUUGUCGGUGGCUCUACCCGUAUCCCCAAGAUCCAGAAGCUCCUCUCUGAGUUCUUCGGUGGUAAGAAGCUCGAGAAGAGCAUCAACCCUGAUGAGGCCGUCGCCUACGGUGCCGCCGUCCAGGCUGGUCUGUUGACUGGCAAGGCUGCUGAGUCCGAUGCCGCCGACCUGCUGCUUCUCGACGUCGUUCCUCUUUCCCUCGGUGUCGCUAUGGAGGGCAACAUCUUUGCUCCUGUGGUGCCACGCGGUACCACGGUGCCCAGCAUCAAGAAGAGGACCUUCACUACUGUUGCCGACAACCAGCAGACCGUCCAGUUCCCCGUUUUCCAGGGUGAGCGUGUCAAUUGCGAGGACAACACCUCUCUCGGUGAAUUCACCCUGGCUCCCAUCCCUCCCAUGCGUGCUGGUGAGGCUGUUCUUGAGUGUGUCUUCGAGGUCGACGUGAACGGUAUCCUGAAGGUCACCGCCACUGAGAAGACCUCUGGCCGCAGCGCCAACAUCACCAUCAGCAACUCUGUCGGCAAGCUCUCCACUGCCGAGAUUGAGAAGAUGGUCAGCGAUGCCGAGGCUUUCAAGAGCAACGAUGAGGCUUUCAGCAAGCGCUUCGAGGCCAAGCAGCAGCUUGAGUCUUACAUUGGCCGCGUCGAGGAGAUUGUCUCUGACCAGACUCUGUCCCUCAAGAUGAAGCGUGGCCAGAAGGAGAAGAUCGAGGCCGCCAUGAGCGAUGCUAUGGCUGCUCUCGAGCUUGGCGACUCCUCUGCCGACGACCUCAAGAAGCAGGAGCUUACCCUCAAGCGCCUUGUCACCAAGGCCAUGACCUCCCGAUAA